AUGGCGAUGGACCUGGCGACGGCCGUGGAUGAGGCGGUGAAGGCGGUUCAGGAGGAGGGGGAGGAGGUGAUGAUGGUGGUGGAGGAGGAGGGCGCGGGCGGGGGCAGGUGCGGCGGCGAGGCCGUGGUGGUGGCCGCGGCGGACGCCGAGGUCGAGGGCCACCCCUACGCCUUCCACGUCUCCGGCCCGCGCAACCUGCCGCUGCCCAACUGGAGGGAGAUCAUCAGAUCCAGCUGGAAGGAUCCAAAUUACAAAAGGAUGGCGAUGGCAUGCUUCAUUCAGGCAGUCUACCUUCUUGAAAUAGACAGGCAAGAUCAGAAAGGAGAAGAGGAUGGCCUUGCUCCAAAGUGGUGCAAGUCCUUCAAGUACAAGGUCACACAGACACUGGUGGAUGAGAGAGAUGGUUCAAUAUAUGGUGCCAUUCUUGAGUGGGAUCGGGCUUCUGCAUUGUCUGAAUUUAUCCUCUUAAGACCAAGUGGUGCCCCGAGGGCAGUGUUAGCUCUCCGAGGAACAUUGCUGCAGAAACCUACAAUCAAGAGAGACCUGCAAGACGAUCUCCGUUUCCUGGUUUGGGAGAGCUUAAAAGGUUCCGUGAGAUACACUGGCGCUUUAGAAGCGCUGAAGGCUGCAGUUGAUAGAUUUGGGAGCACAAACGUUUUUGUUGCUGGGCACUCGUUGGGAGCUGGUUUUGCCCUUCAGGUAUGCAAAGAUCUUGCCAAGCAAGGAAUCGUCGUCGACUGUCAUCUGUUCAAUCCACCUUCUGUUUCACUUGCCAUGAGCCUAAGAAGCAUGAGCGAGAAGGCCAGCUAUCUGUGGCAGAAAGUAAAGGCAAGUAUGCCAUCAAAGGAAGAAGCAUCGCUUGACAGUGCAAAAGAGGAUGGUAGCAUCAAGAAGAGACUACGCGCAGAGAAGAAAUGGGUGCCACACUUGUAUGUGAACAACAGUGACUACAUCUGCUGUCACUACAACGCUCCCACUUCCACUGCUCCCUCUUCCACCGGACCCGACGGUGCACCAGACGAGCAGCAGCAGCAACGCAAGGCGAGUGAGAUUGCUGGCGAUGUGGUUGCGAAGCUCUUCGUCACGUCGUCGAAAGGCCCACAGAAGUUUACGGAAGCACAUGGGCUGGAGCAAUGGUGGUCAGAUGGGAUGGAGCUGCUAGCCGUGUCUGACAGCAAGCUUAUACACAGGCAGCUGAAGUCUCUAUACUCUUCUACAGCAGCAGUACCACCACCAGCCAAGUCAUAGAGACGGCCGAAGUGGCUGUUUCAAUGGUCGUUAGAAAUGCUCUUUCUAAUUGGUUUACACCACCUUCGUUAUGGCAUGAUCGACUUAUUCAUAGUUCCUUCGUUAUGGCAUGAUCGAAUUAUUCAUAGUCUAGUAGUGAUCAGACCGAUUUGUAAUAAUGAUAUGGCUAAUAAACACAUUCAAGUACUAUAUCUUUUAUAGUCAAAGGCUAGAAUAUACUCCAAUGUGCAAGUGAAGCUUGCAGAGCU